CAUCAGCACAAUGGUGUACGAGGGGUAUUGUCUGGUCGCAGGAACUGGAGGUAUGCACUCAUCAGAAGAUACGAAUCACCACCGUCUCACUCCAUCACAAAUCUCACUGUCUCCUACCUGCGGCUACUCGUUAGCAAUGGCACAGUUGACGGCACAUCGUGAGAUCUACAGGCCCACGUCAUCGCUGGCCUGGUCCCUGCAACAUACACUUAUCUUCUCCCCAUUCGCCGCAGUCGCCUCCGCCAUAUAAUGCUGCGAUAGUCUAGCCUUGCAGCGUGCCAUGUCCAGCCACGAAUGCUGCUCUGUACUUUGCUUUACGGCCUCCCCAUUGCUCUCGCUGGCAACUUGACUUCGUCAAAACGCGGCCUGGUCUACACCUGGUCCGAUGGCUACAGCGACGGCCUCUGGGAUCAGGCGGAGUCGGACCUGACGUGGUACUACAACUAUGCCUCCACACCCGUGAACUCGUUCAACAGUCGGCUGAGCUACGUCCCCAUGCUGUGGGGUGCUGGCCCUCAAUACAACAGCUUCUACUCCACCGUCAAAGGCCUGCUCGGCUCGGGAAGCAACAUCGACUAUGUCCUCGCCUUCAACGAACCCGAUCUGUGCGGCCCUGCCAGCGAAGGGGGAUCGUGCGUGGGCGCGCAGCACGCCGCUCAAAUCUGGCAAGCCGAGAUUGAACCGCUCAAACAGCAGCAUGGGCUUCAACUCGGCGCGCCUGCCGUGACGCAGGGCGGAGCGUGGUGGCUGCAAGACUUUUUCAAGGCGUGCGCCGGGAAAUGCACCGUCGACUUCCUCCCUCUGCACUACUAUGGCGAUUUCGUCGGGCUUGCAGCCUACCUCGGCGCCGUACAUGCAACAUAUCCCCAGCUGCCGCUGUGGUUGACGGAGUUCGCAGAGCCCAACGUCACUGUCCUCGGCGCGCAGCAGUUCUACAACCAGAGUGUCGCAUUCCUCGAUGCACUCGAUUACCUUGCCCGGUAUGCCUACUUUGGCAGCUUUCCCGCCAACGAUGCAUCCUCGUGGGUGGGACCGAAUGGCAGCAUGCUGGACAAUGGUGGCCACUUGACGGACAUCGGCGCGUGGUAUUUGGGCUUCAAUGCGACUGGUCGUGGGCCGGAGAGUGGUGGUGUGGUAGUUCCGGGGGUGACAUGGAUCUCCUUGCUGGCCUUUGUGCUUGUAUGGUCCGCCGUGUUUUGCUUUGGCUGAGAGUUGGUGGGAAAUGAUAUGCGAUGGAGUGGAAAUGUCGGUGUGAAUAGAGAGCAAGACUUGUCAGACACAUUCCAUACACGCCAUACCCUUCUCUACGCUCUCAAAGCUUCGGCCGUUGCAUGUUGUAACUCUCG